UCUGGAGGAAAGGGGUGGGUCAAAUUUCAGUACUGGAGAGCAUGGAUCAGUAUCUCAGACACGGUAUUUGAGACAUGAAGACCAGUAGAAAGAUUUGGAGAUAAUUUGUCUUUGCGUAGCAUUGGCCUGAGUUUUCUUCCAUGGAAGCUUCCUAUUUGCUCCAAGAGAGUCUAGAUCCCGAACACUUCCGGUUGCACUUCCGACACCUUCGGAAGCAAGGACCGUGAGCUCCGCGGCCCCGUUCCAAGCUCUGUUCAUCGGAAGGCUCCGCCAGGAGCCAUAGCCACCUUUAAAGGGGUGGUGAAAUAAAGGGGGUCCACCUUGAAGGUUGAGGAGAGCUGCAUCUCUCCUCCCUGACUCAAAAAGCCCCCUCAUCCGAAGACGAGCAACGGCAGCAAAAAUGGCUGCCAUGAAGCUGGGGACAGCCGGAACAUCUAAGACAGCGCAGGCACGAAGAAGGUGAAUGGUGUGUGAACUGGGUGAGAGAAUACUUUUAGUUGCAAUCUGACCCCAAGAAAUGCAAAGUCUAGAUCCCAUCAAUUAAGUUUGCCUGCCUUCAGAUGAUCUUUAGAAAUCUGUUUCUGCAAGCCUGGGGUGGGGGGAUGGUUCCCCACAAGCAGCAGGGGCACACCCUUGCCCACUGUUUGUAUGGCCCGGUUGUAAAUAGCUAUGCCCUACAGGGCUGCAGCCUGUGGGUUGGGGACCCCUGAUGUAGAUAACUGAACUGAUCUUAUUUUGAAAAAAAUGACAUUUUCAGUUUACCAGGUGUUUGAAAACGUGGCAAAGAAGUAUGAUCUCAUGAAUGAUUCCAUGAGUUUGGGAAUCCAUCGUGUUUGGAAAGACGCUCUGCUGCGUCAGAUGAACCCUUAUCCAGGAGCCCAAUUAAUUGACGUUGCUGGUGGGACAGGUGACAUCGCCUUUCGAUUUAUCAAUUAUGUUCGUUCCCAGCGGGAGUAUCAGAUCCAGCAGAAGCUGAGAAGCCAUCAGAAUUUAUCCUGGCAGGAGAUUACUCAGCUUUAUCAGGAAGAGGAGAAUGGAUCGCUAGGGGGAUCCCACGUAGUGAUCUGUGACAUUAACAAAGAGAUGGUGAAGGUUGGGAAGCAGAAAUCGCAGCAGCUUGGCUACGUGGAAGGAUUGUCCUGGGUGGUGGGGGAUGCUCAAGAUCUGCCCUUCGAUGAUGACAAGUUUGAUUUUUAUACAAUUGCUUUUGGUAUCCGUAAUGUCACUCAUAUGGAGCAG